CAGGAAAGAGGAGCACACUAUAAGAAGAGGAUGAACCCGGGGGAGCGUCAUUUAGACCACAGCUUACAGAGGAGGAGAGGAGAGAGGGAGACAGACGCGAGGACUGCAAAGCUGUAUUCCUGUCAUAACCCAGCGUCAGCACACUGUGAGGAAAGGUAAAAGUGAGGUCGAACGUUGCACUCCUAUUGCACCCGGUGUCCUGGCGCACAGAAAUCCUGGAUGAGUGCAAAGUGUGAGCUUCAGGUACCGAGGAGAGGACAGCUCCGCUCCAUGUGCUCCUCCGGACCUCCUGUCCAGGAACUCCGCUCAAGCUUUUUACAUGUCAACACUUCCAGUCUGAAUCUCUACUUCACAAGUCUGGAAGAAGUCUGAAAAAUCCGCUGACGGAGCGAUCCGCAACCGACUGUGUGCUCAAUAUGUACCAGGGGCAUUUACAGGGGAAAGACUCUAGGGCUGCAGAUAAGACUGUUGCCAUGGUCCUGAAGGAGAUACCAAGUAAGGCGUCAUCAGAAGGGAAGCCCCUCCUCACAGUGACUACCAAGCUGGUGAGUGAGCAACAAGAGAGCCGUCCGCUUUUAAGCCCAUCCAUCGACGAUUUCCUCUGCGAGACCAAGUGUGAUGGGCUUUCCCGCCCAGUGACUUCCAACACAGCUGUUCUAUCUUCAACACUGGACCUGCUGGAUCUCAGUGAACCGGGCGAGAGGAGGAGCAGCAAGGACAAAAGGAGCCCCCUGUCGUCCCGGGUCAACAGCCAGAAGAACAGCCUUCGCAGGAAGAAGAAGGAGACGGACGAGACGGAGCUGAUCCAGGUGGAAGUUGAACAGACAGAACAAAGCAUGAGGACCCCAGAGAGAGUGUCACUGGACUCAGUUACCAUUUGUACACCGUUGGAUAAAUGGGAAGAGCUGAAUCCCAACCCUGAGAGGAAUGGCAACAGGAAAUGGAAGAUGGAAAAGCGGCGUUCUUCUAAAAAUGCAUCCAAUGAAUUCCUAUGGUCCAUAGACUGUAAAACCCAAUUAGAGGUAUUGAACAAGAACUCCUUGGAAGCAAACACAAAAGUGGAUCCAGAGUCUGCUUUAGCAUCUCAAGCUCGCCUUACCAAGGAACAGCGGUUGGGCAGCGCCCUCCUGUCCAGACAUCAAUCCCUGGAGGAAGAGUUUGAGCGAGCCAAGGCUGCUGUUGAGUCAGAUACCGAGUUCUGGGAUAAGAUGCAGGCCGAGUGGGAAGAGCUCGCUCGAAGGAACUGGCUGACGGAAAACGAGCAGGCGCAGAUUCCCUCCUCUGUCUCUCCACAUGAGAAGGGUUACUACUUCCACACAGAUAAUCCUUAUAAAGACUUGCCUAAUGCAUUUGAUGAGGGACAAAAGAAGUCUCGAGAAGGAGACUUGCAAAACGCUGUGCUCAUGCUGGAAGGAGCCGUCUUGCAGGACCCUCAAGAUUCAGAGGCUUGGCAAGUGUUGGGUACCACACAGGCUGAAAAUGAGAAUGAGCAAGCAGCGAUCGUCUCCCUCCAAAGGUGUUUGGAGCUCCACCCAAACAACCUCACAGCCCUCAUGGCUCUGGCAGUGAGCCUGACCAACACUGGUAUGCGCAAUGAGGCCUGUGAGACUCUGCUCCGCUGGCUGCAACACAAUCCAAAGUACAAGCACCUGCUGAAGUCCAAGACCCACCUGAUGGCAUCCCCAAACUCCCCACGCAAGGUGUCGACUGCCAACAACGUGGGAAAACACGAAAGUGCACUACAAUCUGAGGUCAAAGAGCUCUUCCUGGAAGCAGUUCAGCAAAACUCUGAGAGCAUCGACCCAGAUUUGCAGACGGGCCUCGGGGUGCUCUACAACGUUAGCGGAGAGUUCAACAAAGCUGUGGAUGCUUUCAACACAGCCCUGUCAGUGCGGCCUGAGGACUACUUGUUAUGGAACCGCCUGGGGGCCACACUGGCAAACGGGGACCGGAGUCAGGAGGCGGUGGAGGCUUACACGCGGGCACUAGAGCUGCAACCGGGGUUCAUCAGGUCCCGCUACAACCUGGGCAUCAGCUGUAUUAAUCUGGGGGCACACCGAGAGGCGGCCAGAAACUUCCUGACUGCCUUGAGCCUUCAGAGGAAAAGCCGGAGUCGCCAGCAGUCCCAUCAGGUGAUGUCUGGAAACAUCUGGGCUGCUCUGAGGAUAGCUUUAUCCAUGAUGGACCAGCCCGAACUCUUCCAGGCUGCAAAUAUUGGUGACCUGGAUCUUCUCAUGCGGGCAUUCAACCUAGACGUUUGAGGAAUGGGAAGUAGUGACAAUAGCAUCGCCCCCUUCACUUACUAGCCAAAAGCCCAAAGUGCACACGUCAGAUAUCGGAUCUGUAUUAGUGAGCGUGUUUUUUUAUGCACGUCAAAACUAACUGCAGUCGUCAAAGCUGUCAUUUCUUUUGCCCAAGUUCUUCAGAGCAGUUCUGCGGACAGGUCCUUCCAAGAGCUUGAAGUGACUGCUUUGUGGUGGAUUUGCACUGCAAUUUGUGAUUUCCCUGAAGAGCACAAGGACGGGCAAAGACUGUUAGAGCAAUGCCUUAGAGAACACAUCAAUUAAAAACUGACUCAUCCAGUGGAACAGAGCUGAGCCAGGAGUGGGAAGACAGACAUUUUGAGAAGCUCACACAGGAACCCUCACACAUGUUUGCAGAGAAAGGAUGAGGUUUUGAGAAAUAAAAAAAAAAGGAUUUGUUAUCCAAUUACUUUCAAAGACUCAAGAAUGUCUCCACCUACUGAAGUAUGGAUUUAGUGGGCAAGUGAUAAAGACUGCACCGUCUGACCUGAAGCUAUAAAUGCUGUUCCUUGCUUGUUUUCAUCCUCUUUCAAUGGAGAAUAAUGAUACUGCAUGAAUAAGCAUUUUCAUAAAUGGAUUCUUGUUCAAAAUUAACAUACCUUUAGAAGUUUUCCCUUUGCACUUCAGACUAACAGAUUCCAGAUAACAACUUCCUCAACCUUAGUGAGGAUGUAAAGCCUUACUCAAAUGCAUGCGAACAACAAUAUUUAUUUAUACUAUUAUUAUGGCAACACAAAAAGAGAAGCCAUUUUAGACUGGUUUUAAUUUCUUUAAAUAAAUGCCAUCUUAUGCACUUGAAAGCUUAUGAGCCAUUAGUUUUGGAUUGGUUGUAUUUUUUGUGUUUGAUUUGGCUCCUAGCUUCUCUUUGUUCCCUUUAAGCUGACUAGCUAGAGAAAUAUACACAAACCCAGGGCAACAUUGGUCUGUAAAACAUCCCCUUUCAAACUUUUUCAUGUGAACAAAUGUUUUUACAGGUCUAAAAAUAUCUCUUUAAUCUUCUGGUAUUGCUUAAGUAGAACUCACAUGUUAUGUAUCAUACUCCCAUUUUAUUUCAUAAUACUGUACUAAUUUCGAUACAGUAUAAUUCAAUUACAUGCAGUUGAUGUGAAGCUGCAAGCUAAGACCUUUAUAGACUUUGGGUAUUUCACAAAGCACUCAUCGUGUGUCUUUACUGUUCCUCCACAGGCAGUGAAGCCCAUACAUUGAAUUACAUUUGUCUGCCUCAUGCAUGAUAUCAAUAUUUAUGUUAGCUUUGGCAGAAUGCCUCGCAUAUCUAAAAAGCUAUUUGUUUUACCAUCUGCAAACUUCAUUUCCCAUGAAAACAUUACGUUAUCGUGCAUCCACAAAGCACGUGAUCGUACUGAGCCUGUUACUCUAUAUAAUUCCUCUACACCAUCACAGGAGCAAAGCUUUUAAACAUGUUCUUUAUGGCUCCUCUAGCAUCACUGUUGCUGUUUCUAAAGUCAGUCUGUGAGGUGAACGUCUUAUUUCUUGCCGGGCAUCAGAGUAAAUGAUAGAUAUCUGCUUUUCUGCAUGAUUCAGCAUCUUGUUUAACAGGCUUGUCAACAGUCUGGGAGUGCUAUAGAAAGAAGGUUUUUAUUCUCCGAUCCUAUGCAAAAGGCCAUGUUUUAUGUUGCCAUUCUGUAUUGUUGUUUUGUUGCUGUCUGCCUCGGUGAACCAAAAGGAAAGCGGCGAUUCUGUGCUUUUAAAGAACGCUAUCAGGGGGAACCAGAGACCAGUCCGGGAGCGAUUCAUCUUCCAAACUGUACAGCUUUGAUGUCAUGGUCUGUAUGAGAACCAGUGUUUCAUUAGGGAGCUUGUGGAUAAACAAAAAAAAAAAAACUGUUCUUUUUCAAGAGAGAAACAUGGUCAGUGAUUUAGAAAAACAGAUACACACAAACAGCAUCCACCCAAAAUGAAGCCGUCAUGUUUUAUAACUCUGCCAUGCACUGAUAUGACCUUGCACCCGUUGAACUCACUGAAGUACAUCAAGCUUUGCUAUCAGAUGUUUUAUUACGCAAGCGGCUGUAUAUGUGCUCUUUGAAGCUCAUCUUAGAUCUGCUUUAAAACGAAAACUCCCUUUUUUUAAGUGCAAAAUUAGCAAGCUGUAACUGUUGUCAGACCAAUGACAUUAAUAUGUUAUGCACUCAUUCAUUGAAACAGAUGAUUUAACAUCAGAUUCUUAAAAGAAAUGUUGGCAGGGAAUCUCUGUGGCCGACCACAUGAUGUUUAAUAGAUCAAGGAGGCGGAGGAGCCCAGUGAGACGCAGCACAUAUGUGCAUGCCAGUAACAAUCUGCGUCAGAGGGGGUGGGGGGGGCUGACAGUGGACUGCACAAUUGAAAAGGAAAUGAGGCCAAAGCAGAAGUGCACGCCCAAAUGUAUUGAAUUAUUAUUAUGAUCAAAUAAUUGGCAGUAUAUGUUUUUUACAUAAAUAUUUUGGGUAUUAGUCCACCAGUGCUAUCCUAUUGAAUAUUUCCCUAAUCAUUAAAUGACUAAAAUGAUGUUUUUACCAUGCUAGCAGUACUGUUUUGAAGAUGGAACUGUGAGUCUCUUCAGACAGAAAUUUCUCGUUUUGAUGGAUCGCUGUGACAUUCAUGUUUGGCAGAGGAUGACUCUUUCUGACCUUUGUGAUCCCGACUUUAAAAAAAAAAUCAUUAAUCACCAUCAGUUCAAAUUGUUCAUGUAUCUAAUACUUGAGUAAUUUACUAUAAUUUUUACAUUCAAGACCAAUUAUCUGCCAUACUUUUAACAGUCUCAUUAGCCUCAGUUGCGCUUUGUGAUUACAGCUAAAGAGCAACUGUGCAUACCCAAACUAAGAUAGUGGCUUUGAUAUACAGUACAGUAUGAAUGCCAACCGUAAGCAUGAUAGCUUUUACGUUAUGAACAGUCAUGUACAGCCUCACAGAGCAGGCUGUAGACUCUUUCUUGCAUCUAUUUUACAGCUGCACAGCUACCUUUAGCUUAUUUUAGUGGUAGAGGGCUCCCAAUGUACAUCUGCGUCAGCCAGGUGUUUUCUUCUGUUGAAAUCCACCUGCUUCUUAUGUUGGACGUGCUAACAGUGCAGACUAAAAGCACUCUGGCCAGCAAUGUGAGCAAUGUCCUCAUGUUUGUUUAUUUUGUAUCAAGUCUCAGCAUCUAAAGUUUUCCUAAACUAUAAACUCAAUGUAUUUGUAAAAGUUCCCUAAGAGAUUGCUAAUAGUCAUGGGGGGUAUUCUUUAGGUGAGCAUCCCUCCAUUUUUAAAAAGAAAACCUCCUGUCUCUCGUCCAAGGUUCAUUCGUGUCAGCAGUGAUCUAUAGAAACUCAUAAACAUGAUGUCUGGUAAGUUGUGCUUUCUAAAUCAACUCUAAAUUUCUUAUGUGGUUGUAGUCCUCUGUCUUUUGCAUUUUAAGAUACUGUAGUCGUGUUAAAAUGAGAAACUUAUUUUUUUAAAGAAACUUUAAAUUGCAAGCGUGAAACCUAAACUUCUACCGUGUACAUUAUACUGCAGCACAUUGAGAUGGGAUGCCUGGUGACCGUUUCCUUUUUGUAGAACCUACCUAUUGUACCUUCUCAGGUGAACUGACCUAGCGUAACGCAUGCUCUGAGGAACAGAUCGAGGUUGAUCGCAUGCUAGAUCCUUUCCAUGAACUGUAUUUUCAUUGGUAUGCACGAAAUACAUGGAAGUGCUUGCUUUCCCUCCCACUAACGUAGGAAAAUAUAUCAUAAGGUGUCCUUGCAAUAUUUCUACGAUGCACUUUUUAAAUCUGCAACCUUGAAGAAAAGUGAUGUACAUAUUCAGUAUAUAUUCUACACGAGGCUUUUUCCUGCAUAGAAUGCGUGAGUGUGCAAGGCUCAAGAAGAGUUAGUCUUAAUAUUUACCAAACAUGACGAUUCUUGAGCUUGAAUAUUGGUACAUUGCUACCACUCGCUUGUCAUAGUUAUAUUCUGUAAAACCUUUUUACAAGUGGCUUCUACAAGUUACAAAUGUACUGGUAACACUUUCAAUGACCCCAGCCAACAGUGUCAGUUCUUACGUGCUUUUUAGUUUUGAAAAAAACGUUUUCAAACUUAAAAUGACAUCAAUAAAUAAUUAGGAACACAUUCAUAAAGCUACUGUACGUUAUUAAAAACAUUUUCCCUUCAUUAAUUCUAGUUAUAACAUGUAUUUUUUAAAUAUCUUGAUCAACUUUAUUAAUGUCAUAAAUAUAUCUAUUUAUUAGAUAAGAUAUACCUUGUGAAAUUAAUUGGAAAAAAUUCGAAAUAAAUACAGUGUUGACCAUAAACUCAUCUUGUUAUGAAUUUUGAAAAGAACUAAGUGUAAUAGAGGUCACAUAUUUUUUUUGCAGCCUGUAUGUAUUACUUUG